UUCUUUUGUGGAUUGUUAUGUCUCAUUAUACCUGGCAUAAUGUGACUGAGAGUUCAAGAAUCACUACCAAGCAUUCUUUUUCAACCUUGUCAUUUGUUGCCGAGAUCUUUAUCUUCCUUUAUGUUGGUAUGGAUGCCUUGGACAUUGAAAAAUGGAAAUUCGUCAAUGAUAGUCCUGGAACAUCUAUUGCAGCUAGUUCAGUAUUGUUGGGCCUAAUUCUUGUUGGAAGAGCAGCUUUUGUUUUCCCCUUAUCCUUUUUAUCCAACUUGGCUAAAAAAUCACCAAAUGAGAAAAUUAGCUUCAGACAGCAAGUGAUUAUUUGGUGGGCAGGUCUUAUGAGGGGGUUGUUUCAAUGGCACUUGAACAUAAUCAGGUAG